GAAUCCAUCCAUGUCUGCCGCACGGUGGGGAUCUACCACGCCUUCACAGCCAAUCGCGUGGCCCGUCACUGACACACAUCCCGUUCUCUCACACGCACAACGGGACAGACAAGAAGACGGACAACUGUUCUCUCCACAUUUUACACCAAAAAAUUGCAGAGUCGUAACCAUGGGGAAGGGAUGCAUCACGGCAACUAAGUACUUCCUGUUCCUCUUCAACCUCCUCUUCUUUAUCUUUGGAGCAUUGAUCAUGGGCUUUGGACUGUGGGUUCUCCUGGAUAACCAGAGCUUCAUCGCAGUUCUGCAGGAAUCCUCUACUACCCUGAAGGUAGUGUCCUACAUUUUCAUCAGUGUGGGGUCUCUUUCCAUGGCCAUGGGCUUCCUGGGCUGUAUAGGAGCCAUCUAUGAGAUACGCUGCCUGCUGGGCCUGUACUUCACCUGCCUCCUGCUCAUCCUCAUUGCCCAGGUAACCGCUGGGGUGCUCAUCUACUUUCAGAGAGACAGGCUGAAGCAUGAGAUGUCCAACAUCAUCAAGGGGAUGUUGAUCAACUACACUGGUCAGAACAGGACCACAGAACACACCUGGGACUAUGUACAGAGGACGAUGAAGUGCUGUGGUUGGACUGGCCCAGGCAACUGGUCGGAGAAUGUAUGGAUCAGGAACAGUUCUGUCUCCAUGUACCCUUGCUCCUGUCGGAACGAAACCCUGCCCGGGACAGACGUCAAGGAGACAGGGCUCUGUGAACACUUGUCCAACAUCCUCCCGGUCUACGAAACGGGCUGCAUGCAUAGUGUGGAGGGCUGGCUUCUGGAGAACUGUGGAGUUAUUCUUGGAAUCUGUGUUGGAGUGGCAGUCAUUGAGCUUCUGGGAAUGAUCCUGUCUAUGUGCCUGUGUAAGAGUGUUGUCCAGGAGGACUACACCAAAGUACCCAAGUACUGACUAUGAAGACCUGAAGACACGAAAAGCUAUACACCACACAGCAUAGAAACACAGACAUGCAGACACACACUCUGACAGUGAAACGCAGACACGUAGACACACACUCUGACAGUGAAACGCAGACACGCAGACACACACUCUGACAGUGAAACACAGACACGCAGACACACACUGACAGUGAAACACAGACAUGCAGACACACACUGACAGUGAAACACAGACACGCAGACACACACUGACAGUGAAACACAGACAUGCAGAAAAACACUGACAGUGAAACACAGACACACACUCUGACAGUGAAACACAGACACGCAGACACACACUCUGACAGAGAAACGCAGACACACAGUCUGACAGUGAAACACAGACACGCAGACACACACUGACAGUGAAACACAGACAUGCAGACACACACUGACAGUGAAACACAGACACGCAGACACACACUCUGACAGUGAAACACAGACACAGUGUCCGGACACACACUCUGACAGAGAAACACAGACACAGUGUCCGGACACAAACUCUGACAGAGAAACACAGACAGUGUCCGGACACACACUCUGACAGAGAAACACAGACACAGUGUCCGGACACACACUCUGACAGAGAAACACAGACACAGUGUCCGGACACACAUACUCUCAAUCAAGCACAACAUAUGGACCUGUAUCUUUUUGGACACACACAUUUUGCCUUAUCUUUCAUAAAAUGACUUGGUUUUAGAAGACACUCAUCUUUAGGUAUUAAUGAAUUCAACAGUGGGAUAUAAUGUAUCUGAUGAAGUGAGUGUGAACAAACACCCAUAUGAAUCCAGGAUGUUCUCAUCUGUUAUUUUCUGUCUCUUCCUGAAGCGCUUUUCGGGGUUGUUACGUAAUUAGUUAGUAAGCUAGCUUUGUUUGUGAGAGCACUUUAGUGACUUUUUGUGAGCUGUUGAUCAGAGAGAGGACCUGGACCUGUGCUGAUCUAUGAUCAGGUAUCCCCUUUCCAUUCUUGUCUAUUCAUUAUUAUCUAAAAGGCAACUGAUAGUAGAUCAGCACUCCUACUUUCUGAAGAUGGGCUUUGGGGAGGGGCUUGAAAUGCAACACUAUGGAACACUGUGGAGGGGGUACUGCAGGAGGGGUAUCCCACAGCUGCUAUUUGUGGUGCUGAGGUGGGUUUUACUUUUUACUCCACUCUUUCAUCAGUCUCUCCACGGAGGCCUUAGUAUCUUCUGCCUUCAUCUGCCCUCCCUUUUUCUUACGGGUGUGUCUGGUCUGACUGGUUUCCGGAAAACGAGUAGCUACCAAGAUGAAUUAAUAGAUUUCAUGAAGUAUAUUAUACACUGAGUGUACAAAACCUUAGGAACACCUUCCUAAUAUUGAGUUGCACACCUUUUUUGCCCUCAGAACAAGUCUCAAUUCAUCGGGGCAUGGACUCUACAAGGUGUCGAAAGCGUUCCACAAGGAUGCUGGCCCAUGUUGACUCCAAUGCUUUCCACAGUUGUGUCAAGUUGGCUGCAUGUCCUUUGGGUGGUGGACCAUUCUGGAUACACACAGGAAACUGUUGCGCAUGAAAAACCCAGCAGUGUUGCAGUUUUUGACACACUUAAAUUGGUGCCCCUGACCUACCCCGUUCAAAGGCAAAUAUUUUGUCUUGCCCAUUCACCCUCUGAAUGGCACACAUACACAAUCCAUGUCUCAAUUGUCUCAAGGCUUAAAAAUUAUGCUUUAACCUGUCUCCUCCUCCCCUUCAUCUACACUGAUUCAAGUGGAUUUAGAGCAGGUGUUCCUAAUGUUUUGUACACUCAGUGUAUAUGUGUGUAUGAUACAUUAUGCUUGUGUUUUACUUUCUUUUAUUAUUUUGUUUGUCAUUUCUUUGUCAUUUUUUCAUGGGAUUUUUAAAAACGUUACUAAGGGACAAAUUAGUGAUGGUUUGAGUCACUGAGCAUGGUCAGUAUUUUAUAUUGGAAAGAAAGCGAUCGCUUCAGCCCGCCUGCUCUGUUUUUGUUUUAUUUUCAGGAUGCUAUUAUUCGUUUCCACUCUUAUUGUGUGCACCCCAAAUUGCAACCUAUUCCCUAUAUAUUGCACUCUACUUUUGACCAAAGCCCCUAUGUAUUCCCUUUGAGCCCUGGUCAAAAGUGGUAUACUUUAUAGGAAAAAGGGCACCAAUUGGCAUGCAGACAUUGUCUCUUAUUAACUACAGAGUCUGGCUGGCUGAUGUAGUAGCUUCACUGCUAUUAUCGGCACUAUUUGCUGUGGAAUAGGCAGAGAAAUCGGGUCCUGACUUUAUGUAGCUAUUGUAGUCAGACUGUUGGUGAAACUGUUGGUCUCUGAAACCUUAGGUCUCUGUUCUCUGUUCUUCAGCCCAAGAAUUCCACCACCAUGACUGUCAUCCCUUUAAGAGGUUGCUACAUUUCUCAUUUCAGCAUUACUUAUAUAACUACACAUUCAAAACAGAUGUAUUAUUAUUUUAUUAAGUUGGCCAUUUUCGACACGAAGAAGAGUUUUUAAUAAUAAGCCGAGGCAUUAUUCGAAAAUCAGUGGAGGUAUGAAAUAUAAAAUCCCUGUGAAGUCCUCUUUGUACUUUUGAAAGUUUCUAUUUGACUCAAUAGAAACAUUCUAAAGUCAUGUAUGUAUUUGUUGUAUGUUACAUGUAGGGGUGUUCCUGGAGUUAGAAGCCAUGUUGAAAAGGAAAACAAUUUGGCAUUUUUUAUUCAGUAUCAAGGAUUGCUAAUAAACUGAAUCCAUCACAAAUCA